AUGGCAGCCAGUUUACGUACAAAAGCUGUUGAACGGUCGAUUAAAUCCAAUACAGCUGCUUAUUAUUCCUAUAUCGAUGAAAGCAAAAAUCCUGUGUUGCAAAGUUUUGAAAAUCAAAUAUCGGAUUUUAAAAACUAUGUGAUUAAACAAUCGAAAUCGAAUCAACAAAUUGACGGCCGAUUAUCUGAAACGUUGUUUCAAUUAUGGGGAACAUUCCAGUCGAGGGUAUCAGUACGACUGUACUGCGAAAAGUUGAUGCAUCUUGGUGAAUUUCUUGUUGCACAUGAAAAAUAUAGUUUGGGUCUGUUUCAAUGCUAUCAGCGGUAUUUGAAUGAUUUCGGAACAUUUCAUAUGCAAGAUUUUCAAACAAUAGAUCAAAUUGAACAGCGAUUUUUUCCAAAUGGAUUAUCGGAUGCUACAGCGGACGUAUCCUUUCAAGCUUUGAUGGGCUGUGCUCUUUGUUUAUUUUUUCUAUCUGUUGAACAAGAUCCAAAAGUACAACUCGACGAAACACUCGAUCGAUGCAUCAUCGCAUUGUCAUUUACUCGGUUGCUGAUGAAUUUAGCACUGAAAGAUGACCGAUGGUCAUGGCUUGUUUACAAUGGAACAAUUUACUUAUACAAAAUGAGCCGUUAUCUGAUGGCAUUAGGUUACUCUCUACAGGUUGUUGAGUAUCUUGUAUGGGGUGCUGUGAGUACUGAAAUGUGUUUACCAUUGCUAUCCAUCACGUAUUUACCAUGGCGAUCAACGUUGUAUUGCGCAGCAUGUGAAGCAUUUUAUGAUAGCCGAACGCCGUCCGAUGGUGAAAAAGCAAUUGCUGGCGAGAAUUUCGCUCGUCGGGCAUUGGAACAGUUCAAAAAUCUUCAUGAAUUGCAAGCGCUGAGUGUCGAAGGAGAUAAAUGUCAAGUAGAGAAUUCCUUUCGUUAUGCGACAAUAAAAAUCGCCACGAUGAUUUUCAAACGCAUGGUAUUCGAGAGUCGUCGAAAGGCGAAAGGCGUUCUUCGACCGAAAGUUCGUCAAGCUGCUAAAGAACUCACAGGUCCAUGGCCACGAACAUUAACAGAGAAACUACUGAGCGAUAUGUUCGAUUGUCGUUGCGCACAAUUCUUAGCCAUUAUUCAAGCGUUGUCAGAUAGUAACCGACGAUUGGUACUAGCUGGGCCAGCUAACGAACACGAAACAGAAUUGCUCGACGUGACGAAUGAGUUAUUCUAUGCAGCUCAAUACAUCUUACAAGUUAAACAUGCCAAUGUGGAUCAAAUUGCUGGAGCCAAUGCAAAUAGUGUCUAUCCGAAUAUAACAUUGAAAGAAGAUGUUAAUCUUCUCGAUUUAGCGAUCAAUGGACAAUAUGUUGUGCCUCUAUCGUAUGUCUUACAAUUAGUUAAAUUGGCAUUUAAUUAUCAAGUUAACGAUGUGUUUGAAUCAAUGAUGGAACCUAUAAGUGAAUUAGUUGACCGAGCAGGUGGCAGUCAAACUUCAGUUCUUGCUUUAUUGCAAAUUCUUUAUGAAAUUGAUCAAUGUGAAAAAGAUCGUAAAGCAGCAGCAAAUGCAAAGAAUGCACGGGCUAUCAAAGGCGCGAAAGAGACUGACGUAAAGAAAGCACGUGGAAAGAGUCCACCGAAAAGUAAAGAAAGAUCACGAAAGAAGAGUCCUGAACGUGCAAAAGGAAAAUUGAAAACACCAAGACCUGUCCGAGACCUAAUUGAUGCUGCUAAAGAUGUUCGUGCUGAAUCGGAAACAGUUGUUCCAGAUAAACCCAAUCAAGAACGAUCUGUCGAAGAUCUAUUAGAAGAUCUUUGCUUUUUACUAUUGAUGGAUCCACAAAUUCAUGAAAAAUUUGAACGAGAUGUUCUAAUUGAUGUCAGUCUAUUACUCUGGAACAAGUGUCGACCUGUUCUACGACGAUUCUACAAUGAACCAAACGAUAAUCAUCGUUGGUUGACACGACUUGAUCAUGACCAUGUCAAAUGGGUUCAUCUAUGUUUUCAAACUCACGAAAUCAUGUCUCGCUUUAACUUUGCUGUUGUUGAUGCAAGUGCCUACGCUGAAUGUUCACUUCGUCUGGGCCAAAUACUAGUUGCUUUGAUUCAGCCAAGUCCAACCAUUGAAGCCACCACUCGCACGAGUUCUUACAAGCAACGUUUAAAUGAAUUACGCGAGUCCCUCACUGCUCACUGUGCGAAAGCAACUCUACAAAACUAUAUCGAUGAACUGAAGCGCCAACAAACAUUACUUGAUAAUUCUACAUUGAAAGAUGAAAAAUCUCGAAAGCAACAAUCGCACAGUGCGGAUCCUCAUUCAUCAUUAGAAAACAAUACAUUAACACUGUCUCGACAAUUUCCAUUGAUCUUCUUUGCCGAACAAUUUCUUUCACGAUCAUUGAAUGUACUAGCUCAAGCACGAUCGAAUCUGGUUCGAUCCGAUGGCUCAUCAUUGUUUGAUCGGAAUUGGUCGGCAAACGCUAAUGACGACGAUGACGAAACGGAUUCAUUCAAUCAAGUGCGAUUUUUUGCGACUCAACCUUUCCAUAUGGAGAAAGGACAAACCAGCAAGCUAAUGGAUAAUCUUGUGAAAGAUCUCGAUGCUGAAUUACACUUUAUCUACUGUCGAAUUGCUGCACUUCUCGAACAAACAAGCGACGCUAAGUCGAUCAAAAAGGGCUCAAUUGAACAAUAUCUCACUGAUGCACGAGGCAAUUCACAUAAAAAAGCAUUGCUAUGUGCAGCCUAUGCAAGUACACGGCACGAUGAACAUCUUGCCGCUGAAUACAUGCAAAAAGCCUAUAAACAUCUGUUGGCUGCUGAAGAAGAGGAUCGCUUGUAUUUUUGGCAUCAUCAAAAUCAAAAAGCAGAAAAGCUCUCGAAUGAGACAGUUCCCCGACCAUGUAUUGUUGCCCGAGCACCAAAUUUUGUCUACGUGAUGGCACCGGACUUUAGUUCACUAUCUGCUAAGGUCGCAACCUAUCGAAUCUUUUGUCGCGCAGCUGAUCGCCCAAAUGCAAAAGCUCGAAUGGCUGAUACAAAUUAUCCUGGCAGCGGUCAACAGAUUCCAGCUAGUUUUAUCAAACCCGUGAAGAUCUCUGGUCUUGAUCCAGAUUUAAAAUAUGUCUUUUCAUUAGCUAUCUACGAUGUACAAGGACAAUUGAUUGGGGAAAGCGUUAGUGAAUCAACUGAACCUAUCCUAGCAGCCAAUCCAAUAUCAUUACUAUUCAUUCGAUGUCUUCUGUCUCAAGUGUCGUAUGAAAUCAAACAAUAUGCGGUUGCUAAGAAAGCAUUUCAUGCCAUUUGGACGUACUUCGUUAGAACACCAGCUAAGAUCGAAAGUUCAAUACGUGAAUUGAUCACCGAGAAUCCAUUAGUCCUCUAUGAACUGCGAUACUCAUGCGUAGCGGAAAGUUCCAUUUCUUUAUUGCAAAAGUUUAUCAACUCGAUCUUUAUCAAUUUGGAAAUAUUUAUCAAGGAGAAUCACUAUUACUGCGAUAUGAUUACACCAACAUCCUCCACUCGUACUAAUCAAAUCAAUCGUAUUCAUGCUUGUAGUCAAAUUCUGAUCGCGUUAGAGCUUUCCUGUUGGCUCAAUGAUCCUCAGUAUACUCUACAAUCAAUAAUUUAUCUCUAUGGCUUAUUAACACCAUUGAUCUUUCAUAAAAUCUUCUAUCCGUCUCUCAAUCAUAUCUUUGACAAAUCACUCGCCGUACUCGAAGAAAUUUCGCAACAAAUAACAAAACAACGUUCGCGUUUAACACAAGAGAAUCUCUACCACAUGGUUGCCUGUAUGACCUCGUAUCUCAGUGAAUAUUUACAAGAGAACAAUGAAGUUAAAAUGUCGAGCUUAGUCAAUCAGAUCGGAAAGAGAAUCCUCUCAACAAUGAUAACCACGCCAACAAAUGACACCAGCCGAGCGCAUCAAACUUCAGCAGUAGGUACACAGGGCCAAACAAUCCUAUCGGACGAAGUCGCAGAAUCGAUAAUGCCGAAAUCGUAUUAUAUCUCAUUGCAUAAUGAAGAACUUAAAGCGUUAGAACGAUUUGUCGCGAAAGAGCGGAAUACUCAAGCAGCACUGAAUGGCAACGAAGAAUCAACAGCAGUCUAUAGUUUUAUCAAUUCAACGUCUGUUCUACAUAGUUAUAAAGAAGUUCAAAAGUUCCGAAAACGUCCAGUAUACAUGGAGUAUCUCGCUCAAAUUCUGACAAAAUCUUUGCUCGAAUCGUCCGGCGAUGAAAUUCUUAAUUGGUACGAUGAUAAUCAAGAGUUUAUCGGCAAAAGAAACGAACUCAUUCUUGGUCCUUGGCGAAUGCUCAUUACCAAAGGCGAAGAUAUCAUAGCUCUACUUGGCAAUAAUGAAAAUAAAUACGCUGCGGCAGUAACAGAAUUCAGUCCGGAACAAAAAGAUAAACAACAACAACAACAACAGUUGACUGGAAAGAAAAAACAAGCGGCUUUGACAAAGAAGAUGCUCCGUGCUAAACCGACGAAAUAUCAUUUUCUAAUACCGACGAAAACUUCCGAUGUACAACGUAAAGAGCUCGAACAACGACAAAAGCCUAGGCUUCAAAAGAUACAAUAA